AAAAGAAAGUGUCAUUAAGACUGCGUCGACGUCUCAACAGUAAAAGCACAGUAGUCGCGGGUCUAAGAAAGAAACAAGAAGUAAAAAAAACGGGAGGAAAAACCAAAUACAGCCUUAGAAGAACUACCGUAAAGUAAACAGAACAAAAUAUUGUAGAGCAACGAAGAACCUCCACACUGUAUCGGAUAAAAACGGAUCAAUUGUGUGCAAGAUACAGAAAACAAAGUGUGAAUACUGAACGGCGCAACUCGUUUAAAAUUUGAGUGAAGAUCGGAUCUGUUUGUACAUCGAAGAAUCUCUCACGUGGAAUCAUUAAAACAGUACGUCCGGAUUAUUUUUACAACCGUGGUUAAACAGUAACAGACAGAGUGGCGAGCAGAUCGAACAAAUCGACUCAUAAUACAAUACCAAAACUGAGCAUAAAUCUACACGAACGUUUAUCAUAGUUAUUUGUUUGUUUGUAUGUUUUUCGUCGCUUAGUAUCGUCCCGUAUACCGUUAAGAAUAAGUGUGUCUUUAGUAAGCUGUGUCACGUUCAUCAUUACCAUCAUCAUCGACGUCACCACAAACCGUACCCAAUAGUUGUUUAUCACUAGCGCGCGCGACCUUAGCAAGUAGACGGCAAAUUUAUGGAUGCAUCGCAAAGAAAGCGUCCGUUACCACUGUAAUCGUGCUGCAGAUAGCGAAGAUAGAAAUCGUAUCGAUCAUUCAUUCAAAAGAAAAGCUAAUUGCAUUGAGUGUUAAUCAACGACGCAGUUACGAAACAGCUAGUGAAUUUCUCCAGCAAACGGUGUUCACUCAGCCGGGACGACAACAGAUACAUACCGACUCCAUACACCGGAUAGUUUUGGCAUUUGGUGUGACAGUACGGGGCAAAUAACUAUACCAGAUGGCAAACAAAUCGGCUUUUGUGGGCGUUCCCAAACGUGCAUCCUGCAACCGUUGUAGUAAUCCCAUCUUUCUGGCAGAACGCAUCAGCUUUGGCGAAAAGAGCUACCAUCGAUCGUGUCUGAAAUGUGCACGUUGCGGUACCCAGCUGACCGUGGGUAGUUUUUACGAAACGGAAAUAGACGGUGAAUAUUGCUGUGAAACCUGUCCCGAUGAAGAGAUACAGCUGGAACAGCGACGCGAAUCGUCCCCUUCGUCUGAGGGAAGCGGUCGUUCUUCAAUUAUCACCGGUGGUAUCACACCGGUUGCUGCAACCGUAGGGUUACCGAAGAACGUUCGCAGCAGCAAGCUGCUUGAUCGGAUUUCAUUUUUCGAAUCAGCACCGCUGAGUGAUGAGGAGAAAACGUCCAAUUUGGAACGGAAGACUCGGAUGAGCAACUUCCUGAAGGAAACACUGCAAGAUGUAGAACAACGCAAAGAUGAACCGCCCGAAUUACCAUCGAACGGACCACCGAGUCUGUCGACGAAUAGCGUAGAUGAAGUUCAGAUGAAUGAUACGAUCGAUUCGGAUAAUGUGGACGAUGAGUUCGAAAAAUUAGUAGAAGAACUGGAUGAAGAAGAUUUGGGCGGUGGAACAAACACAUCUCUUCAAGCCGUUCCAGACAGUAUGCCCCAUGAUGAUAACGUUGAUUUGCAAACUGAAUUGACUGUUCCUGUACAUAUCGAGCCGACGUAUGAUCAAGUACUUCCCGAUGUUAAAGAAACGAAGUUGACAGGAGAAGAAUCUUUGGAAAGAAAAUCAUCGAUGGAAAAAAUCGAAUCUUCCCAAGAUAAUGAAGAAACUGUGUCUCUGACGAUACAACAAGAGUCGGAUGUAUUGAAGAAUACUAGUACUGCAGAUGAAACUCAGAACAAUAAGGACAGUGCUCUUCAGGAAUUAGCUAUUGUUGCAAAGGAAACAGAACCUAUCGAAUCCAGUGAUUUGAAGAUCGUAAAUCAGCAGGAUGCCAUCGAGGAAAAGCAUUCCGCAAUCAAACAGCCAUCAGUUGAGAUCUCAGAGGAUGUUGGACAGGAAAUUUCUGAGGCAGACGUUGAAGUGACGAUAGACACCGAAACUUUGCCAUCUGUUGCAGCAUCGGAAUCCACUAUAGAAGAAUCAGAUGUGCCUAAAGAAAACGAGAGCACUGAAUUGAAAUUAUCACCUACGAAGCUUAUCGAAUCCACGGAUAAUACUGAAAAUCAAUGUACGGUGCCUAACGAAACCGUAGAAAACACGGUUCACGACUCUGAAGUGCCUGUGACUGAAGAAAGGAAGAUAUCAUCAGAAAGCAAUGAAGGAAGCAACGUUACUAAGAACGUGCCAGUUAGCACGAAACAAGAUAUAAAAUACGAGGAACUGUACCCAUCUGAUCUUAACCCAUUCGGAGAUGAUGAUGAUGAUGAAGGGGAAGGUGAUGAAAAAAUAGUUGAUUUACGAAAGGUUUCAACUGGUGGAAAGCCUGUUCCGACUAUGCGACGCGUAAGCACAAAUCCUUUCGGUAGCGACGAUGAAGAGGAUGAUAAUCAACAACAAUCACCAUCUUCGAAACCACCGAGACCACCACCGCCGAAGAUGAAGCCAGUUGUUGGCGUUGCGUCGUCAAAACCUGUCCCAGCGAAUCCUUUCGAUGAAGACGAUGAUGACGGGGUAACCGACGAGCCGGAAAUAGUGCCAGUAUCCAAACCUUCACCACGUCGAACACCGGUUCCUACACCUAGAAAAGCGCAUGCUUAUAACGAUUCCAUUAGUUCUUUGGAUAACUCGUUAAUGUCAAGCAGCCGGUUGAGUAGCUCGAAUGUAUCGCUAGCGUCCAGUCUGGAGAGUGGACCUUCGUCGAUGAUUGUAUCAAAACGCAAGAAAGGAAAAGCCCCUGAUAUUCCAAUGGCGGCCGUAGGUACUUCGACACCGGUUGUAACCCAACAGCUACUAACGGCACCGUCCGGUACGGAAAAAACAUCCACAGAAAACCUAUCUACUAGUAGUGGAAGUGGCACCCUGACAACACCGCGCAAGAAACGUCUGGCUCCGGCACCGCCUCCAUUACCGAACACAACAUCAACUCCGAAGCAAUCUUCGCAUCCGCAGGACAGCUUAACAAGAGUACCUAGCCAACGAUUGCUUGCUGUCGAUGCAAGUCUUCUGAGCAAUGCCGAUCGUGAACCUUCGGAAACAAUGAGUCGUGGAACAAGCAACGAAUCGGUAGUCUAUCGGCGAAUUAUUGUUCCACUCGUACUGGAUGAAGAUGGGCCAGAGUCUCCGGUGCACGACGCUUCGACGAAUACCAGUGGGCGGCAGUGGGAAAAAAUGAAAGACAACAAGGAGGCACAAAAUCGGAACCGUCAAUCGCAAAGUUCACCAACUAGCGAAGGUAAUAGUUUUGGUAGUCCCGGUGGUGGUUUCUCCAUUCUUGCGAACAAAUCGUCCCAAGGAAAAUGGAAACGACGCAAAGGUCCUGCGCCAGCUUUACCGAUGAUCGCUGCACCACUGCCGGAACGGAAACCUAUCAAAAUGUUGCCGCUCAAGGAAAUUCAUCAGGAGCUACAGAUCAUCGAAACGCAACAGCAAGGUCUUGAAAAGCAGGGUAUCGUGCUGGAAAAGAUGAUACGGGAACGGUGUGAGGGAGUGGAAGCGGACAUCGAUCUCGAUAUCAGAUUGCAGGCAAACUCGAAAGAGGUUGAAGAUUUGAUAAUGCAACUCUUCGAGCUUGUGAAUGAAAAGAAUGAACUCUUUCGGAGACAAGCCGAACUGAUGUACUUACGGCGCAUGCACAGACUGGAACAGGAACAAGCCGAUUUGGAGUACGAAAUACGAUUGUUGAUGGCACAGCCGGAAAGGAACAAAACUGACUCGGAUAAGGAAAAGGAGGAAGCACUAAUUGCCCGUUUGGUCGAGAUCGUCCAGUUACGUAACGAAGUUGUCGAGUGCCUGGAGAUGGAUCGUAUACGGGAGGCGGAAGAAGAUUUGUCAAUUAAACAAAGCAUCGAGGAACGGGCGGCAAGCCAACAGUCGAAGCAUGGAAGUAGUAAGAAAGAUUCAUCAUCCAGCGCUACGGCACUUUCACUGACUGAUUCCGAAAAACGCGACUCGUCAACGAAGCUCUCAAAGAAAGAGAAAAAGAAGCUCAAGGAAGCAAAGAAGUUGGUGAAAUCGAAAAAGAUCGACUCGGAAAAGGAUGCUGAUGAAACGGAAAGCAGUGUGGCAAAGGAGAAGAAAAAGAAGAGAAAGUUUCUUUUCUAAACGCCUCUACUCUACUUUACCAUGCUGUUCUUUACGUACGCCUCCAGAAGGCUUAAAGCCAUAUUAUAAGUCAUGUUCCGUUUGGAUACGGUAUUGAAUACAUUCCUGCUGUGCUGAUCAAUCCGUCCAAACCGUUUAUGCUAUGCAAAAGCUAUUCAAAUAAUCAUCAAAUUCGUCAGGACGUCACGACCCACUUCUGUGAUGCGUCUAGCAAUCGUCCAGUUUAAGGCGCGGCCCAACUCAGUUACGGUCAAGAGGAUAUAAGAGGUGCCUAGCCUAUUCGAAUAUAUGGAUUGAUAAUAAUUAGAAUUGGACGUUUCUUCGAUUGAGGCGAUUCUGAUUUGUUAAUGUUACAAGUUGUAUACCGCACGUUUGCUACAUGACCUGUAGAUAUUUCAAUCAUCGCAUUUAAUUCAGCCCGUGGAUCGGAGAUAAUCAGACGGAUACUAUUCGCUGGUUUGCAAACCUAGCUCCCCCCGAUUCAGUACCAUUUUCUUUUUGUCCAUUUCAUUUUGCGCACAUAGUUUUAAACGUCGUUUGCUGGUAAUAUUAUUCGAUUUUUACCACUAUUUACAUGCAACAAUUAUAAUCAGAAGAGUGUCCUUUCUUGCGAAAGUUAUGUGCAUAGUGAUAGGAUGAAAUAUAUUUGCCUAAUAAUGUGUAAGAAAUAAAACAUUGGUUGAGCUUACCGUUGGAGCUAGAUAUACAGAACGAAUCGAAACUGUUGUUUUAAAACUUCUCAAACGAUGACGUUCGCUAUAGGAUUGGGAUAGUUAAAACUAUAGCUUAAUUUUGCUUCCUUAGCAGUUUCUUUUUCUCACAUACGCAUACACACGCAAACAUUUAAUCAAUAUAAGACAACACAUUUCUAACAAAUAUACACAUCAGGAUUUAUUGAGAACGGUACGAACUUUAGUAAGAU